UUCGGCAUUCUGGAGCGCCAAUAUGAAACAGAUACGCCUGAAGAUGCUUUCAAAUCACAAUGGCAGCGCCUUGCCAAGUACCUCCAGCAUUUGAAUGCGAAAGCUCCAUACGAAGAGCAAUACAAGGUUCUGUUUGUAGCGCGACAUGGAGAAGGCGUUCACAACGUCAAGGAGCGGGAGGUCGGCAGAGAGCAGUGGAACGAGUAUUGGUCUAGACUGGAAGGCGACGGCAACCUGACUUGGGUUGAUCCUCGCCUCACCAACAAAGGCCUCGAACAAGCGAAAGCAGCGGGCAAAUUCUGGAUCAACGCCCACGACGUGGACAUGGUUCCGCUGCCUCAGAAGUUCUUCACCAGCCCGCUCACUCGAUGCCUGCAAACAGUCGAAGCGACCUGGGCAGACGUACCAAUGCCGGAGUCUCAGCCAUUUCAACCAGUCGUGGUCGAAGCGAUCCGCGAACUGUUCGGAGUACACACCUGCGACAGGCGAAGCGCGCGUUCCGCUAUCGAAUUUGCAUUUCCAACCUUCAAGAUUGAGCCGAGCAUGACUGAGGAGGAUGAGUUAUGGAGUGCUUACUUCCGCGAGACAGCAGAAGAUCACGGGAAGCUCUGGCGGGACUUCCUGAGUCAGCUAUUCGAGGACAGCGACAGCACGUAUGUGUCCAUUACGACUCACUCAGGCGCCACGCGGGCACUUUACAUGGUUCUAGGCCAUCCAGAUGUAUGGACCGCGGCGGGAUCUGUGGUGCCCAUUGUAGUGUGCGCAAGGGGAAGAAGCGCGAUGCGGUCAGAGUCUUUGACAGAGCUAUAG